CCAGUCCAACAGUGACUAUGGCUAAAAAGCUCACAAGAGGUAGAAAGAGCUCAUCGUCAUGACAGGAAAGUUUCUGUGGUUUGAAGGGAUACCCUUCCCAAGCCUGGAUUACUCACCUGAACUCCUGAGAGAGGUGCAGAAUUUUCUUAUUAAAGAUGAAGAUGUCUUACUGCUGACUUUCCCCAAAUCAGGAACAAACUGGUUGAUUGAAACUGUCUGCCUGAUUUACUCCAAGGGGGAUCCCAAGUGGGUCCAAUCUGAGUUCAUUUGGGACCGCUCCCCCUGGGUAGAGACUAAGCAUGGGUAUGAAUUACUAAAGGAGAAGAAAGGCCCACAUCUCAUCAGUUCUCACCUCCCCAUCCAACUCUUCCCCAAGUCUUUCUUCAAAUCCAAGGCCAAGAUGAUCUACCUCAUCCGAAAUCCCAGAGAUGUUUUGGUGUCUGGUUAUUUUUUCUGGAGGGGUGCAAAGUUUGUUAAGAGACCACAGUCACUGGAACAAUACUUUGAAUGGUUCAUCCAAGGAAACAUGCCAUUUGGAUCAUGGUUCGACCACAUUCGGGGCUGGAUGUCCAUGAGAGACAAGGAGAACUUCCUGAUACUGAGUUAUGAAGAGAUGAAAUGGGACAUGAGGAGCACUGUGGAGAAGAUCUGCCAAUUCCUGGGCAAGAAGCUAGAACCAGAAGAACUGAAUUCAGUCCUCAAAAACAAUUCUUUCCAGGUCAUGAAAGAAAACAAUAUGUCCAAUUUUUCCCUCCUGAAGGGUCAGUAUUUAGAGGAAAAUGGACUUCUUUUGAGGAAAGGUAUGACUGGGGACUGGAAAAAUUACUUCACGGUGGCCCAAGCUGAAAUCUUUGAUAAACUAUUCCAGGAGAAGAUGGCAGACCUUCCUCAAGAGCUAUUCCCGUGGGAAUAAUGCUCUAAAUAUUCCAGAUCUUAUAUGGAUAUUGAUAUUUGUUCUUCUGCCCUUAUGCAUGUGAGUGACUGAGGGUAAUUGCAUAAAACCUGUCAUUUCAUCCUGGUGUUUUGAAUGAUCAAAUCUCUGCAUUUGACAACUUGACUGUUAAAAUGCAUCAGGGUACCCCCUAAUUCCCUUUGUGGCAUCCAACUUUUUUAAAAUGUUUAUCAUGUUUCAUUUCAUUCCUAUAGAGUGGUAAAGAAAUAAUAUAACAAUUACCCACCAAUUAUGUCAAUUUUUAAAUAAAACUGAGAAAUAAAGUUACAAAGCAGA